AUGAAGUUCAUCCAGAACGCCAAGUCUGAUUUCCAGACAGACAGCACCAUCAACACAAUUCGGAGAAAGGUGGCCUCAGGACUACCAAGAUUGCCCCAAGCAACUGGGCAGUAUCUCAUCGAAAAAGUUCCGAUUGUUCAAUGGCUUCCGCAGUACCACCUAAAAUGGCUUCUGUCCGAUUUCAUUGCAGGAAUGACGAUUGGUGUUAUGAUGAUUCCCCAAGCUUUGGCCUAUGCGAAGAUAGCCACAAUCCCUGGGGAGUUUGGCCUCUACUCUAGCUGGUUACCAGCUGCCAUUUACGUCGUCAUGGGAACUUCGAAAGAUCUCUCCACCGGGCCGACUUCCAUCAUGGGUCUCCUUACCGCGGAGAUUAUCACCGACCUCAAGACGGAAGGAUUUGCUGCACAAGACAUCUCGUCCGCAGUCGCGUUGAUGGUCGGCAUAUACUCUCUCAUUGUUGGACUGCUAAAACUCGGUUUCAUCUUGGAAUACAUUUCCGUCCCAGUUUUGUCCGGAUUCCUGUCUGCAGCUGCCAUUACGAUCCUUUUGGGCCAGGUUGGCUCGCUUGUGGGCCUAAGCGAUGUUCCCUCAGGCACCUCGGCCAUCAUCAGUAACGUUCUCUCACGCAUACCGGAAAUGGAGCCUCUUACUAUCGCUAUUGGGUUCAGUGGCAUUUUGAUGCUGUACAUCCUCGAGUUCAUCGGAAAGAAGUGGGGAAAGAAGAGCGCAGCAAUAAAAUUCGCUUGCAGCAGCCGUGCGGUUAUCCUUUUGCUCAUCUACACGACAAUCAGUUUCUUGGUCAACAAGGACCGAGAAGACUCCUUGUGGGCCAUCAGCAAGGUCAAGGCCAACGGUCUUCAAGCGCCAAAGAUUCCUGCCGGAGACCUCGUCUCUAGGGUUACCACCAGAGCAAUUGCCCCUCUUGUAGCUUCAGCCCUUGAGCACUUGGCCAUCGGAAAGGCUUUUGGCCGGAAGAACAACUACGCCAUCGACGAAAGCCAAGAGCUCUGUUAUCUCGGUAUCACAAACACUAUCAACAGUCUUUUCGGGGCAAUGAGCGUAGGCGGUGCCAUGUCAAGAACAGCUGUGAACUCAGAGUGCGGUGUCAAGAGUCCGCUCAGCGGCGCAUUUACCGCUGGGUUCAUUCUACUCACCCUGUAUAAACUUUCAGGGGCUCUGUUCUGGAUUCCUAAAGCCACGCUUUCGGCAAUUAUCAUCAUGGCCGUUAUCCACAUCAUUGGCCCUGCUUCUGUUUUUUACCGUUACUGGCGUAUCUCGAUUAUGGACUUUGUGGCGUCGAUGCUAUCCUUCUGGGUCACGCUCUUUGUGUCUACAGAAAUGGGCAUUGCUUUCGCGGUGCUAUUCAGCAUAGGAUACACACUGGUCCGAUCCGCAUUCCCGAAGGUCAAGACGUUCUCAGCAACAAGUGGUCAGAACCGCAUUAUCCAGCGAGAACAGGCAUCUGUGCCCUCUUUUGCAGAAGACACGUUCGUUCCCGAAGACGCCAUGUUGGUCAGUUUCACUGAUUCGAUCUUCUUCCCCAACGCUGGCCGUAUCAAGAAGUCGGUGCUCGAGUCCGUCAAAGUACAAUUUGAACGACAAGAGCUUGGAGAUCAAGCACAGAGCAAGUCCGCCGACAGAUCUUGGAGUGUCGCAUCGUCUAAACGCAUCGAAAUGUUGCGGAAGCGCGACAACGUCAUGCCCUCGAGCAAGCAGAUGGCUGUGAUGGUCUGGGACCUAACACAUGUGCCCUUCAUCGACGUCACCGGAGUCCAAACGCUUUCCGAGUUAAAGGAGGAAACGAAACAGCAUGUAGGAAAACAGAUGUCACUAAGGAUAGUAGGAAUGAACAGCAAAGCCCGUCGCAGAUUCUCUCGCGCUGGAUGGCAGAUUGUUCAGGAUCGUGAGGUUGACGAUUCAACCCCAGAACACCCCGACGUUGCAUACGAGACGAUAGAAGCAGCAUUGUGGGAUAGAGAGUAUGCAGACAAGGCCGAAAAGUCAGAACUCCAGGGAAGAGCAUACUACAGCCCUCGGGAAGGAUCCCCAUAG